AUGUUUUGGACAUACGAACAGCGGGUGCGAUUCAGGGUUAGCAGCCAGCCACUUCAGCCGAUUGAUUUCCCACAUCUGAGCAUAAAAAUCAACGUUGUAUUCCACAACCAAGAGUUCAACUAUGCUAUAAACACAGAUUCCAGACCCUCCGAAACCUUCCUACGCCCUCUUCCCUUACUUUCCUCGGACAGUACCACCACCGUAGCCGCUCACGUCAUCUCCCGAGGACACUUGUCCUACGCUGACGUACAAGAAGAAGUCGGAAAACUCAUCCGCAAUCAUCUCCGGGGCGACAAGCGCAGCCAGGCCGCAUUCCCCAACGGUAUGGGAGGGGACGAGUUCGUGUGCACGCCCGUGAUCAAGCUCCUAUGGGAUCAGGUCCUCAAAGCUACUGGAAUUUCAAGUGAAGGCGUGGUCAACAGAACGGAUACUUUUAUACGUAUGUGUUUGGCUACCUCCGGUUUCCGGAGGAUGAAGCUCUGCGGUGACGUGGCGGCAACAGAGGCGGCUUAUCCUUGCACCAUCUGCUCAGAGGAGAUGACUGGAACCAUGGCGUUUCGGAUGCCGUGUGCUCAUCUGUUUCACGCGGAAUGCAUGGUGAAAUGGCUGUGGAUGCGUCACACUUGCCCUAUUUGCCGCUACGAGAUGCCUACCGGAAAUCCAUACUAG